GAAACGGGGCGGGCAGCGCAGCACUGGCCCGGCCGCCCGCUUCCUUCCGCUCUCGGCAGGAGGAGGUGGAGCGGGCGGAGGCGGUGGCUGCCGGGCGGUGGAUGGCGGCGAGCGGCGGCGCCGGGCUGCUGCCCUUCCUGCGCCUGCUGGGGCAGCUCAAGAGAGUACCACGGACAGGAUGGGUGUACAGGAACGUGGCGAAGCCAGAGAGCGUAUCCGAUCAUAUGUACAGGAUGGCAAUGAUGGCUUUGGUGACUGAAGACAAAAGCCUUAACAAGGACAGAUGCAUACGAUUAGCUUUGGUUCAUGAUAUGGCUGAAUGCAUUGUUGGAGAUAUUGCUCCUGCAGAUAAUAUCUCAAAAGAGGAGAAACACAGGAGAGAAGAGGCAGCUAUGCAAGAACUGACCCAGCUUCUAUCAGAGGACCUCAGAAAAGAAAUCUAUGAACUCUGGGAAGAAUAUGAAAACCAGUCUACUGCAGAAGCCAAGUUUGUAAAACAGUUGGAUCAGUGUGAGAUGAUACUACAAGCAUUUGAGUACGAAGAGUUGGAAAACACACCUGGCAGAUUGCAAGAUUUUUAUGAUUCAACUGCUGGAAAGUUUUUUCACCCAGAAAUACUUCAGCUUGUAUCUCUGAUUAACACAGAAAGGAAUAAAAAAAUAGCUGCUACAUCUCGUCCACAUUCCUGAGGUGUUCCUAAAUGCUGUAGCUGUAAUAAAUACUUUGUUUUAUAUUCUGUA